AGCAGCUUCAACCUUCUCAUCCGAUGAUUUGAAGAGGUCAACUGGCUGAGAACAAAUACCUUUUCUGUACUUCACUUUCACAUUGUUACUCCUGAGCUCCUGAAAAAUAACAGAAAGAAAACUUUGUUUUCAGCAUCUGCUCUUCACUGGAUCUACAAGAUCAUCUGAGGGAUCUGACUGAAUCAAGAUGCUGCUGAUCAUUGAAGCUCUUCUUCUCAUUUCAGCUGCUCAAGGAAAGGAUCACAGAGCUGCUACUGAAGAAGAGAUAGUUCCUUUGGAUAUGGCACUGAAUUCAGUUGAUGAUCAAUAUGAGGGCUGUAGAGAGAAAAUGGCAGACCUGGUGCAAAAUGAAUAUCUGGAGAAGGAACUCAAAAUCUUAAAAAAUUUUAAAGAGGCUUUUGAAGAGGGUAACAACAAAUUCUACAGGAGUUGGUUUGGAAAAUUAAGAAAAAUACAUAAAAUUGCUAUCUAUGCAUACACUUUUAAUAAAAUUGGGUUGAAUAAUUUAAAUAUACAUGUUAAGUUCAAUAGGGACACUCGCUGCAACAAACAAAACUAUCCAGUCAUGAAAUACGAAUGGUAUUCACUUCACUUUCUGUUAACAGAAGCGAUACAGAUUCUGAAGAAAACACAAAAUAGAUGCUUUAAAACUUUUCGUGGUACGGAACUUGCAUUUGAUCAGGAUGUUGAGAACAAAGAGGUUCGAUUUGGCUCAUUUACAUCCUCCUCUCUUGAUCCUAAUAAAGCAAAUAAAUUUGGAACUUUAUCUUGUUUUGAAAUCCACACUUGUGAAGGUGCUGAUAUUUCAAACUAUUCUAUGCUUCCUAGUGAGAAAGAGGUGUUGAUUCCUCCAUAUGAGAAGUUCAUUGUUACUGGUAUCAGAAAAAGAAAAUCUAAGAAAAAUGACGAGUGUAAGACUGUGUUUGUGUUGGAAAGCACUGGAAUAAGAAGUGACCUGAACUGUGUUCUAUUCAACCAACCAAAACCAUAGCAUAAUACUGAAGUGUGUGCUGACCAACGGGCCUUGAAUUUACAUUAUAUAAUCAUGUACAUUAGUUAAGGAAAAAAAAAAAAAAAAUCUUGUGUGACACUGUGUUUACUUUGAAAGAUUUUGAAAAAAGUAAGUUCUGCAUCCAACAAUGUAAAAAAGAGACUAUUUUGAAUGUUGUACUCAUUUCAUUUGACUGAUUGUAUUAUAAAAUAGAGUGCUUAUGGUCCAUAUAACACUUCACAAUUAAAUUUUCAGACCAUAUGGAGCAAAUAAAAAAAAAAAAAAAUAAAAU